UUCUCCACCGUGCUUUCUACGACGGCGUUUUUAAAAAAAGUCUACUCAUUCCCCCCCGCCUCUCCCCGUAAGAAAAUGGAUGCUAUGACCCAUCACAGCCAUUCCCCUUGAGAAUCACGGAUCUCAAGUUUUGUUCCCAGACCAAGGACUCGCAGUAUUUAUGCCACCUUUUAAAGGACGCCAAACGUCCAGGUGAAAAGAACACAACUUCAAGAUAAUGUUCCUUUGAAGCGAGUUUUGUUCUAUCCAUGGAGUCAAGAUACAAAAAAAGGGGAGGGAAGACCCACAUCCGCUCCCAUUUCGUUACUGGCACUUACAGUUAAAAAAGGGAUACUCUUUGUUGGGCCCCGUCGUCUUUUGAAUUACUCGCCGCCCCUCAAAAGUUACUUUAAACCUUUAACGGAGCUUUUUUGCUUUUUUUCUUUUUACGUCGACGGCUGUUGAGGGUCCCCUGCGUUCUUCAAGUGAAAGUUUAUAGAACUUUAUAAGGGGUAUUUCGGAACCUUUCAGCAAAGAACCCCCCGCUCCUCCCCGUGCGCAGAGUGGUGAACAAAAGGUCCACUUCUAGUUAUUUGAACUCGGCCUUCAACAAACAUCCCCUCCCCCGCAAACCUUUUCAAAAAUGUCUCAAUCACCUACUAGCACCCGCUCACCUACACCUCCCGCCCAAUCCCCCAAAAUGCUCAUCGCAAGUCUCCUUAACCCUAUCAACAGUAUCCAUUUACCACCCAUUGAACCCCUCCUUCAUUCCAAUCGGCGCAACUCACUUCCCGCUCGGUUGUCCGUGACGCAGAAAGUGGAGCGACGAAGGGCGUCUUCGUUGCCGAGACGGAGAUAUGUAUGUGAAGUCGAAGGAUGUGGAAAAAAUUUUAGCACAUCUGGACAUUUAUCCCGACACCGCCGCCUUCACACAGGAUCCAAACCCCACGCAUGCCCAAUCCCGACCUGUUCAUCACGGUUCUCGAGGCAUGAUAACAUGUUACAGCAUUACAGAGGCCAUGUUCGGAAAUUGGAAAAAGCCUCCACAAAGGCGUUGCCGAGGGGACGGAGGGCGAGUGCGCCGGAUGUUGGAAAGGAAGAGAGUGUCAAGAGUUUUGUGAUGCAUCUUGAACGGUUGGUUUGAAAAGUUUGCAAGGGAACGCUUCAUUGUACAGACAAAACACUUUUUGUUUUUCAUUUGCAUUUCAUGCAAAAAGGGAACAUUCCUUUUUUUUAUAUAUAGUUUUUGGUUUGGUAGUUUUUCAAAGAAACGUCAACGUUUGGGAAAACCUUGUUUAUAUAUCAUUGUACAUAGUCUGCAGUGCGCAACAUGUGCGUCCUUUAUUAUUCUUUCAACAUGUAUUGUUGAUUUGUUCGGA